AUGAUGAAGAUUCUUCUGCUUCUAGGAUUUGUGGCAGUGGCCCUGGCUGAGGUGACGCGUUUCGACGGUAAAAAAAUUAUUCGUCUGAAGCCUGUCAUUGAUGAGCAUGUUUCCCUUAUCAAGGAGCUGGCCAACAGCAUGGAGGUGGACUUCUGGAGUCCUGAGAGUGCUGACCUGGUGACCAUCGAUAUUGACGUGGAUCUCCAUGUUCCAGCUGCCCACACUGACAUGGUCUAUACCAUUCUGCAGCAGAGUGGCAUGGAGACUGGGGUCCUGAUUGAGGAUCUGCAGGCUCAGAUGGAAGAGCAGCUGGACAACAGAACCCCAGACCCCAGAACACACAGCUACACCAAAUACAACAGUUGGGACAAAAUCCAGGCAUGGAUCUCCUCCAUCUCCUCCUCUAACCCCGACCUGAUCAGCCGUCAGGUGAUCGGAAACACCUACGAGGGACGUCCCAUGAACGUUCUCAAGAUCGGUAAGAAGUCCAGCUCCACCAAGCCCUCUAUCUUCCUGGACUGUGGUAUUCAUGCCAGGGAGUGGAUCUCCACCGCUUUCUGCCAGUGGUUCGUCAAGGAGGCUCUGUCCACCUACGGUAGUGACUCUGAGAUGACCGGCCUGCUAAACCAGAUGGAUGUCUAUGUUCUGCCCGUCUUCAACAUCGACGGAUACGACUUCACCCACAAUAGCGUACGUUUUCCUUUAGCCGUUAGCCAUAAACAGGACUGUGGAGAAAAAGACCCGCUCCAGGAUGUCAGGGUUCCAAGCCUGCAUCGCCGUGCUGAUCCAAACAGCGGAAACUGGACACGCUGGAUGGUUGCAGUCUCCUCUCUUCUCUCAGCCACUGGGGCCUCCUCCAACCCAUGCAGUGACACAUUCUGUGGCUCCUCACCUGAAUCUGAGAUCGAGGUGAAGAACGUUGCUGACUUCAUCCGUAGGAACAAGUCCUCCAUCAAGGCCUACCUCACCAUCCACUCCUACUCUCAGCUGCUGCUCUUCCCCUACUCCUACACGUUUCAGCUGGCUGAGCACCACAGCGAGCUGAUGACUGUUGCUGAGGGAGCUUCCAAGGCUCUCCGUAGUCUGUAUGGAACCGAGUACACCAGUGGCCCUGGAGCUGCUACCAUUUACCCUGCUGCCGGUGGCUCUGACGACUGGGCCUACGACCUGGGGGUGAAGUACUCCUACACGUUUGAGCUGCGUGACACCGGGCGCUAUGGCUUCCUGUUACCUGAAUCUCAGAUCAAGCCCACCUGUGAGGAGACCAUGCUGGCCGUCAAGUACAUCACCAGCCACGUGCAGAAGAACCUGUACUAGAGGGAACCAAUCAGAACCCCUCCACUGCCCAGCAGGGACACAUGUCAUGUUUUCUCCUUGACAACAAAUAAUAAAAUCCUCUCUGAUUAUAA